UUUGCGUUAAUUUAUUUGCAUUUUGUCGCCUUCCACAAAUUAAUCUGAAUAUGUUUUGCUAUAUCUUUUUCUUCUAAAUCUUCUUGACUUUCACAACCCAUCUCAAGUAGACGCUUAUGAUUACUUUUCUUUACGGUUGAUCUUUUUGCAAUAGACCUUAUUGUAAGCGUGCCGUGCCAUUAUUAUAUUUGUUGAAGAAAGAAUUUAAGUUUCUGGUGCGCAGUCUUCAUUGAGGCUUUGGUUUGAUCUUACUAUUUGGUAUGCUGUUAUGAUUGUGUAACUUGACUAAAUCGUGUGAGGACUGUGAGGCCCGUUGAUCGUGGUGGAUUUGAUCGGCAGAUGCCAUGGGGUAACUCAGCAGGAAGGUCUGAACAUCUGUUGCGGCCCGCAUCUGCUGGCUCAGCUAGGACCCUUGAUGAAAAAUCUCCAUUUCUAAGUCAUAGUUCCAAUAUAGGUUGCAGUUUCGAUGAGGAUGAGCGCAAGCCUUUAGAUGGGGUUUCAGGCCCUCGCCAAACAGUUGCAGAAGGAAGCUUUCGUGCUCAAUCUAGUCGCAUGAUGGAGCAUAAGACAGAUAAUACCAUAUCUGGUUCUAGAGUUGGUAGUAGUCCUUCAAUUCCUGUAUCUCAGCUAUCAACUAGCUCCACUGGUGGCUCUUAUGCAGGGAGGGUUGUUGAAGUGCAUAAUUCAAAGUCCAGCAAUCAAUCUUUAAAUGGUAGUCGCAGUUAUGGGUCAAGUUAUCCAGUUGUAGGUGGCAAUGCUGGGAAAACAGUAGCUGGAUCACAUCCAAAUGCCUGGGGGAUAAGGAAGGAGGCUUCAAUCAUGAAAGAGCCUGUAGCUGCUGCAUGGUCAGCUCCAGAUGCCGAGACAAAGUUAGCCCAUGCCAGUGCUCUUGAGAAGGUAUCAUCUGGCCGGUGGAGCUCAAAACAACAAAUUAAUCCUCGAAAAGAUGUUGCAGUCUUAGGACUUCCCGAAACUGAGGGGAAGUUUGAGUAUAGUUCUAGCAAUGCAUAUGUUAGGAAAACCUACAAUACGUUAGAUGUGGUGACUGACUCUGACUAUCACGACGUUGGUUUGGUAAUGCGUGCUGAAAGAAGUCUAACAUUCGGAGAUGGGAUUCACGGUGGUGGAAAGGAGGUACCUCAAUCUUGUGAGAGGUCUAAAUCUGCAAUAUGUGUGGAUUCAUAUGAGAAAUACACUGCUGCUACUGCUAAUGGUUUCCAGUCAAUCCAGUCCUCUUUGAAACCUGUUGGGGCUGAGUUUCAGCUGUCUACAGAAUCAUCAGAAAGACCAAAGCUUAAAUUACUUCCUAGAUCAAAACCAUUUGAGAACGUAGAAUCACCAAGUGAUCACAAGCUGAGAUAUGAGCAGACUAGUGAUAAUCUCCAUAUGGAGGAUAAACAUAAAGUUAAAAAUCAUAGUGUUGGUGAUCGAGCUCCAGAGCAUCCAAAACUGAAUUUAAAGCCAAGAUCACAAUCUCAUGAGCAACUUGAAGGAAUCAAAGAAGUCAAAAGAGGGACUGUUUUUGGGGAAGCUCGCCACCGGGAAUUGGUUCUUAAGGCACGUGGGGUUGAAGAUGACUUAAACAACUACGAGGGUCAACCUGCGUUGAGGGUGAAGGAAGUUUCUCCGAAGGGUGAUGCCUUCAUGCAUGGAUCUUCUGCACGUUAUAGCGAAAAAUUUGAAGGUAUUUCUUCCAAUCAAAGGAUGUCUAAAUACUCCAAAAGGCGAGAAAACCAGCUGGAUGUUGAGAGAAGCGAUUCACAUAGGAGGAACAGGCAAAACGAAAUUUGGAGAAAUAAUAAGGAAGCAGAAAAGCACCGGAAUCAGCAACCGAAACAGCUACAGGACAGGGCUCCAUCCCCAGAGACUUGGCGAAAACCUAUUGAGCAUGACAAGCCAGCACCGAGUGAUGCCUCCAUACGACAUGGCAAAGCAGCGUCUGCAAUUGAGCUGGCCCAGGCCUUCUCAAAAUCAGUAUCAGAUCCAACUACUGCUGAACGACUAUCUCGCCGUAGAGGCAUCCCUGGUCGCAACCAGAUACCUUUUUCCAGACUAACUGGUCCAACACCAAGGCCUCAGAUCAAUGGUUACUGAAAUCGAAAUGAAGAGGUGGUGGGAAGAAGGUCACAUGCUUGAAGCUUUACAUUGUGCGAGGCGCUUUUUCGGUCAGCAUAAUUUGGAGAAUUCAACAAAUCUGGACGUGGUCAACAUAGUUAGAAGAAGACCUAGGACGUGAGAACCACAUUGUCCAUCACAAAUUAAAGUUGUUCAUUGAAUAAUUAUCAACUGAAAAACACCAUGGUGAACCAACUUGUGCUGAUUUUCAUUGAGCUACUUGCUAACCCAAUUGCCUAUCAUGAAGUUGAACAUGCUUGUGUUUA